UACAUGAUUUUCUAAGUCUCUUUGGUGGCGCGCAGGGACCAAUAUGGAUUGCAUAUAAAAUGCUCCACAAAGUGUCGUCAACGUCCUAUUCAGUAUUUGGCUACCGUGUCAUAACAGUCUUUCCGUACCUUGAAUCUGUAAAAUUGAAAAUAAUAUAAUAAUGAACGGCCAAACAAUAGUAACUAUAUGUAUUUCGGCUUGGAUGGUUUUGAACAUACUGCCAGGCGCAAUUAAUGCAGAUGAUCAUUUUUUUCAAACAGGCGGUAGAUUUGGAAAGAGACACGAUAUACAAACAUCAGGUGAAAAAUUCACUGAAUUUUUACGAUCGCAAGUAAUGGAAAAUGUACCUCCAAGAAUAGAACGAGGAUUUUACAUCUCUAGAUAUGGAAAACGAAAUAGUAACUCAAUUUCAGGAACAGAAUAUUUAUCAAUAUGUCUGCCUUCAUUUGGAAUAUCAUGCGACUUAGUAGAAUCAACAAAUUUACUUCAUUGUAAAAGAAUUCAUCCAAUGGAAUGUUCCAAUAUAAACUCUGGUGAAGACAAAAUUUUAAUGAAGUAUGAUAAUGAACAGUCUUAAAAACUACUAGAAAAACUAUUUUUGUUAUCUUCAUAGACUACACUAAAUAUUCAUCAGAUUAUGAAUUAGGUACUCUAUGUACUUUUAAAUUUAAGUAAUCAUGUAUCUAAAACUUGUAACAUUUUUAAAUAUCAAAAUAAAAUAGGUUUGUUUUGUUUAUUCACUAUA